AAACGCCUUCAAGUGUUAUAGACGCGAGAAAAAGCUGAGGCAUUCCAGAGAUAAACUCCGCGGUAAUGAAUGCCAUCAAACGUCGCAGUGUGAGACAGAGAAAGGGUAGGCCUUUUCUUGGAAGAUUUUUUGCUCCUUUAGCACAGAGAGCGUGAUGUCAGCGGUGGCAGUACUGUUGUAAUUGACUUGGUGGGGGUGAUGGCGUCAUUUUAUGCCCUGGUGUAGCCUCCUGCUCCAUUAGCGAAGGGAGACGGAUCUUGGGCCGACGCGACCGUGGCUCCCUUGGCCGGGAUAGAGUACCGCGGAGCCGGACAAUUCUUCCCGGGAAACAUGGAGGCUGUGGCCGAGGAGCUGCGGGCCGGCUCUCGGAUACCUGUCACUAUCGAUCAUAUACUUAACGAUACACUGGUGGUGACGCUUACCUAUCGAGAAAGGAACUAUACGGGGAUAUUGCUCGAUUCCAACAAAAAGUCUGGGCUGUUCGGCCUGCCAGAUUUCACAGCGAAACUCGGAAGCUGUCCCAUAUCUAAACCGGCAUGUGAAAUCCCGGAAAUUCUGAGUGAGGAGCCCGUUCCCAAGUCCCCCGGCCAGGCUCCGGACAGACCAAAGGACGAAAACACGCUUCCCGAAAACAGCGUACCCCCUGCACCUGCGUCCUGCCCCGUCCCCGCACCGGUUCCCGCCGGACAGACUUCUUAUCCUCCUUAUUUUGAAGGAGCCCCCUUCCCUCAGCCUUUAUGGGUGCGCCACACCUACAGCCAAUGGGUACCUCAGCCCCCUCCGCGACCAAUCAAAAGAAAGAAGCGGCGGACGCGAGAGCCCGGCCGCAUGACCAUGAGCACCAUCCGUCUCCGGCCCCGGCAGGUACUUUGCGAAAAGUGCAAGAACACGUUAAAUAGCGACGAGGACAGCAAAGACGGCAUGAGCAACAGCAAGGCCUCCAGAAAAGAGAACGCCCCACAAAGCGACGACGAGAGCGACUAUAAAGACACCAAGCUGCUGAGAAAAGAGGACGUCGUCGCUGGCAAGGACGCCAAAAGGCGAGAAAACGGCGCCAGCUUUGACAGCAAGCGCCUCCGAAAGGACAAAAGGGGCGAGGCCGAGGGGGAAAAGUUCCCCGCAGGCAACGUCAUCCCCCACAGCCCCGUCAUAAAGAUCUCCUACAGCACUCCGCAGGGAAAGGGGGAGGUCAUGAAGAUCCCCUCCCGCGUUCACGGCUCGGUAAAGCCGUUCUGCCCCAAGCAGCUGGCGCAGAACGGCCUGGGCGAGAACGGCAAGGCCCCCGCCAUCACCACCAAGGAGCAGCGGCACAUCCUGGACGCCACGAGGUCGGGCCUCACCGUGUCCAUCCCCAAACUCAAGCUGACCCGGCCGUUCGCGAACGUGGGCGGAGACUCUCCGCCGACCAAAAUCCGCCUGAGACCCCCUCAGAGGGACGGCGAGGAGACGCUGGUGGAGUACGAGGCGGAGCUGGUCGGGGACGCCAGGAGGCGAAGCCCCCGGGGGCCCGGGCCCUGCCUCCCCCACUCGGAGGACUCGGGCGAGGGGAAGAACUCCCUGGAGCUGUGGUCGGGCAGCUCCGGGGAGGAGGCCGAGCGCAGCCACAGCGACCUCACGCUCCUGAUCAACUUCCGCAAGCGCAAGGCCGACUCGUCCAGCCUGUCGGUCUGCAGCAGCGACAGCCUGGACGAGGCCAAGUCCUUCAGCUCGGACGGCACCUCGCCGGAGCUGUGCGACCUGGCGCCGGGCGAGGACCUGUCGGUGACCUCCUCGUCCUCGGCCGUGCCGCGCGAGGACCUCAAGACGGUGCCGCCGCUGACCGUGCGCCUGCACACGCGCAGCAUGACCAAGUGCGUGACGGAGGAGGGCCACGCCGUGGCGGUGGGCGACGUGGUGUGGGGCAAGAUCCACGGCUUCCCCUGGUGGCCGGCGCGCGUGCUCAGCAUCAGCGGCACCCGCAAGCCCGAGACGGCCAGCUGCGAGGCCCAGUGGCCGCAGGCCAAGGUGGCCUGGUUCGGCUCGCCCACCACCUCCCAGCUGUCCGUCGCCAAGCUCUCGCCCUUCCGAGAGCUCUUCAGGUCCCGUUUCAACCGCAAGAAGAAAGGAAUGUACCGGAGGGCCAUCCUGGAGGCAGCCAAGGCCGUGGGUCACAUGGGUCCAGAGAUCGCCUCGCUGCUGUCCCACUGCGACACGUAGAAGCUGAGGACUGAAGGACUUGGAGGUUUUUUCUGAAUUCUCAGACUCUGUCAUCAAGGCCCAGGGGGGAGUAUGUGCGGUUACCACGGCUACUAUUUAUAUGCCGUCUUGUUUUUUGUUUUGUUUUGUUUUUGUCCUGUUCUCUCUCUUUUUUUUUUCUUUCUUUUUUUUUUCCUUUUUUUCCACAAGGCUGGUGGAAAAAAAUGGCCGCCGAGAGGGAGGUUUGUUGAGACUAAAAAAAAAAAAAAAAAAAAAAAAGCAUCCCACCAGGCAUCUCAUGUCUCAGAAACCUCCUGAUGUGCUGCUGUCAUGAUCACGGUCCUCCCAGACGGGCCGACUCUUCCGGGACGGGAGCCGGUGGCAUCUCCUCGUCCCCCCCCUCCCCCCCUUUCCUCGGGAAACGAGACCCCUUUUUUUUUUGCAACCGAUGAAAGUCUUAACCCCCGAACUUCCGAUAAUGUGAACGGCUCCAUCCAGAGACAGUAGCGUCCGCUCCCGCCCGCCUAGUGACCGCAGUGUUCCAUCCCCGUAGCCUCGUGCGACAUUUAGUCGGAUUUGUGGAUGUAUUUACGUGGAAGUCUCUCCCCCCCCCCCCUUCCCCGCCCCUCCUGUGUCUUGUCCUCCAUUUCAUUUUGCACCCCCCCCAGGAGUCGGCCCUCUCCUCCUCCUCUUCCCUCUCUCCCCUUGAAAACGUUUCCACCUAUCCCGAGAAACAUUUUUACGUUUAAUUAUUUAAAGCGACACAUUUAAGAAAAAGCACUUUAUCUGUACCUUGGUGGCCUGCUGUGAGCUCACUGUCCGAAAAAAAACAAAAACACUAUUGCUCGAUACAGUCCUGCGAGGCAGCGAAAGAGUUCAGAAGUCCAUGUGAUUGACCAUCCAUGGCUUUGGAAAUACAAAAGAACCCCCCC